AUGUCCCAACAGACCAUGCCCAUUGCCAGCUCAUUGCUCUCUGGGCCCGGCUCCGCUGCCGCCUUUGCCGCGCCCGUCCUCGCUGCCAGCAACGGCCUGCUGGGUAGGGCAACGACCUCUCCCCUUUCCCCCCAGCGCUGCGCAGGCUCCCCAUCUUUGUCAGCUGACGAUGACAUCGACCGGCCCCAGCCCCGGCUUCCUGCCGCUGCUUCCUCUCUUCCCUGCCGGCAUUCGCGCAGCAGCAGUAGGGAUGGCCGACCUCCCUCAAGGCGCAAACCUGUUCACAGCGGUGCCAAGAAGAACGCGGCGCCCAAGAAAAAGACGCCGGACGAGCUGGGGCGCGAGAGAAGUCUCCAGACAGCAAUGGGCCGAGGAGCAUCGCCGCCGCCGCAACCUCGUCAACUGGAUGCUUUCAUCGCCGCACCCGGCCCACAGCGCCGGAGUCGCCUCGGUAUUCGGGGCAACCUAAAGAGGAAUACAAGGCGUAGAUACUCGCCGUUUCCGCGACGCUGUUUGAGGCCUCUCACUUUCUGUACCCGGCCUCGGUUCCUGACGACUGUGUUGCUGGUGGUGGCGUGGCUGCGGUCGACAGGGGUGUUCAAGUUUCGGUCGUCGCGCGCGGGAGAGGGGGUGGUGGAGGAACACCAGGUGGUGGUGGAAGUGGUGCAGCCGGCGCAAACGCGGGGAUCACAAGAAGAGCGGAUAUUAAAAGAGUUUCUGGAAACCUUGGUGAUGCCAACAUUGUCGGAACCGAGAAUCUCACCGGACAUGAUGAAGGCGCCGGACAUCGUGGAGGGUGUGGACUGGGCGGCAGCUCUGGAAGCGCUGGCACCACCAUCUGAGCCUCCCCAGCCUCAGCCGACGCCGGAAGGGGCGGCCUCGAUCACGCGCAGUCUCAGCGCUGCCUCGGGCUCCAGCUACCCCCCCGGUGGCCCCCGAGGUUACUGCUGGCGGCGGCGGGCCGCAGACGGCUCACAGGCGCCGGAUCAGGAGCAGCCGGCGCAGGGGGAGUACGCGGACGAGGCUGCCAAGGUGAAGUUGCUGCCGAGCAGCGAGUUUGACAAGUACUUCGACUAG